AUGGGAAUCUCACACAUUCACUAUCUUCAUUCUUUCUCUCUCUCUCUCUCUCUCUCUCUCUCUCUCUCUCUCUCUCUCUCAGGUCUUUCUCUCUUUAUGAAAAUAUUGCAGUACAACGAUACAUAUUCCCCUCUCUCAAACAUGCUUUCUCCUCCUCCUUUUCUCUAUCUAUCUGGAGAAUUGUUUCCUUUCUUUCUCGCCCUCCCAUCUUUCUUUCCUUCCCCCCUCUCUCUCUCUCUCGUUCUCUCUCUCUCUUACUCUCGCACUUGCUCUAUCACAGAAGGCAUAAUCCUUUCUUUUCGCUCUUCUCUUUCCCAUCUCUAUCUAUCUAUCUAUCUAUCUAUCUAUCUAUCUAAAUAUCAAUCUCUUUCUGUCCUUUCUCUCUUUCGCUAUCUACGGAAAUAUUGGUUUGACUACUCCCCUUCCUUCUUUCCCUCUAUAUCUCUCUCACUUUUCUUUUUCCCUUUUUUCUCUCUCUCUCUCUACGAAUAUAUUGGCAUCACUAUAGAAACCAAAAACAUACCUCAUCUUCACUCAACACCUCUCUCUCUCUCUAUCUCUCUCUCUCUCUAUCUAUCUCUAUUAAACAAUCGCCUUGAAAUAAAAGAAAGCAUGUUCCCCUCCCUCCCUCUCUCUCUCUCUCUCUCUCUCUCUCUCUCUCUCUGUCCCUGUCUUUCUCUCUCUCUCUCUCUCGCACAUGCUAACACACACACAUAUAUGCUCUCUCUUUUUUCACACCAUUUCUCCUUUUGUCUUUUUCUUUCUCAAACCCACACUCUCUCUCUCACUCUCUCUCACUCCCUCUGA